AAGAAAAAACAAAAAAGCAGAGCACAGGGAAGGUGUACGGGAGAAGUUUCUAUUCUCUGUUUGUUUGUUUCCCAAAUCUGUUUCUGAAUUCUCUCACACACAAUAAGCACAAGUUGAUUGAUGCUAAGGCCCACCAAGCAAGCCUUUAUAUUCCCCACCCCUCUCUUUCUCUUCUUCACUCUCGCGUGCCCACCAACCAAACACAACAAAAUUACCCUAACACCUAACCCCUAACCCCAUCGAUCACCUCCAACAACAACCUUCUUCUAUCCAAUCAUGGCCACCACUAAUCCAAUUCCAAAUCUCAAUUCCCCACCCUCCCAUCCUCCCAAUUUCGAUUCCGAUUCCGAUUCCGACAUUGACGCCCUCAUCGACAGUUUUUUCGAACAACCCUCGCCCUCUCUCCCUCACUACGGAUCCAACGCCAACACCACUCUCAAGAGAGGAAUUGAUGUCCCCUCCGUUGAUUAUUUCGACACUGCCAUAUCCAUCAAGCGCGGCAGGAUUAGCAAUGCCGCCACCCACGGCUCUGAUGAUCAACACCACGCCACCUUUGAAAUUCAAAACCCUUCUCCUCCUCCUCCUCUCUCCCAGGAUCCUGGAGGACCCAUCGCUGAUCACAAUCACGGAGGAGGAGGAGGAGAAGAUCAGCAAGGGAAACGGCCAGUGUUUGAAAUUGAUUUUAUAUCUAAGGCUCUCCGUGAAGCUGAAUUAGGUUUAGCGCUGAAUUCUCACGAUAACGCCGACGACUUUGACGACGACGACAUGGAACCUAAGAAUGAGAAUCAUGAUUUACACUAUGUACCAAUGAGUUUUUACAGAAGGAAUAGGAACAUGGAACGUUUCCGAGUGAUAGCGAAGAGAAACGCCACUCACUAUGCUCGGUUCGACGACUCGGAGGUUGGAGAUGAAGGGACAUCAUUGUAUCUUAAUCCUCAAGGAAACAUUGACGAUUCCGAAACUCCAUUUUCGAUUGCCAUGAAGGCGAUCAAGGAUCGAGCUAUGAAGAAGAAGGUGUGUGAUGCCUGGGUUCCCAAGAGGAAUCCACAAGGGGGGGAGAAGAGGUUUUUUCUGGUGCCUUCUCUUCAAGAACUGUGCCUUGAAAUUCUUGCGAAUAAUGCUGAUGCAAUGGUUUCGCUUGAGGGUGUACCAGAUGAGCUGAGACGCAAGCUUUCCAAGCUGCUCUGUGACUCGAGAAAGAUGAAUAGUCGAUUUCUUGAGCUUCUUCUCAGUGGCUCUCCCACUGAGAUUCGGAUAAAAGACUGUUCUUGGUUGACGGAGGAACAGUUUGCCAAAUCUUUUCAAACGUGUGACACUACAAGAUUGGAGGUGCUGCAGCUUGACCAGUGUGGAAGGUGUAUACCUGAUUAUGCAUUACUUGGUACUUUGAGACAGUCACCAAGGUGGUUGCCAAAGUUAAUUACCCUGUCCCUCAGUGGUGCGUGCCGCCUGUCAGAUAAGGGGUUGCAUGUGCUAGUUUCUUCUGCACCAGCACUGAGAUCCAUUAACCUAAGCCAGUGCUCCCUUCUCUCAUCUGCCAGUAUUAAUAUUUUGGCUGAUUCAUUGGGAUCCCUUUUGAAAGAGUUGUAUCUAGAUGAUUGCCUAAUGAUUGAUGCUGCACAAAUUGUGCCAGGACUGAAGAAACUUGAACAUUUAGAGGUGUUGUCAUUGGCUGGCAUUCAAACUGUCUCCGAUGAAUUUAUCAAGAAUUACAUCAUUGCAUGUGGUCACAACAUGAAGGAGCUUAUUUUCAAAGACUGUAGAAAAUUGACUGAUGCAUCGAUAAAAGUCAUUGCUGAACACUGUCCUGGGUUGUGUGCACUUGAUCUUAUGAACUUGGACAAAUUGACAGAUUUAUCCUUAGGAUAUCUUACAAAUAGUUGUCAAGCACUUCGUACAUUGAAGCUCUGCCGCAAUCUAUUCAGUGAUGAAGCAAUUGCUGCAUUCUUGGAGAUUACUGGAGAGUCCUUGAAAGAACUUUCACUUAACAAUAUUAAGAAGGUUGGCCACCACACAACCAUAUCACUUGCGAGGCAUGCAAAAAAUUUGCAUACCCUAGAUCUAUCUUGGUGCCGGAAUUUGACAGACAACGAGUUGGGUUUCAUUGUAGAUAGCUGCUUCUCACUGAGGUUGCUUAAACUUUUUGGAUGCUCACUGGUGACAGAUGUUUUUCUGAACGGGCACUCAAACCCAGAGAUUCAGAUCCUUGGAUUGAAGAUGUCCCCUUUAUUGCAAAAUGUCAAAGUGCCUGAACCCUAUCAAGGUCCCUUGCGUUAUUCACCAGUUUCAGUAGAUUUGGUAUAAAUAAGAUUAAUAAUGAAACAUAUGGAUGGCAAUGGCAUUACUUAUGUAGUAAAAGCAGACAUAACUUUCUGCUAACAUGAUGCUAACUGAAGAGGUAAGGAAACCGCUGUGUUGCCCGUUUUACCUUUUGUUUUAGUGAUGCCAUUGUUGUUGCAAAGCAUUCAAAGCCAAACACAGACUAUUUUCUUUUAUUAGAGUAUUCAUAUUCAUUAUGUACAGUGGAUAUGUAUAGCAUAUGCAAAUUCGUAAGCUGAUUGAGGCAUAUAAUAAAGUUUCUUCCUGAAAGAAGGAAGAAAACUUCAACUCAGUCUGUCUACAGUGAAUUGUUCUAUGGAAUAGAGAUUAAAAAGAAAAAUUCAUAUUUCUGUGCAA